GUGGCAAGUUUCUGAGCCAUACUCCAUGAAUAGAGUGACGGUGGAACUCAUAGAAGGAGACAAGUCACAUUUAUCGACGAAGAACAAGUGUGUACAUUGUUAGAAAACACUCAUUUCUUCGAAGCAUUUUUAUAUCAUUUGCAAAUAUGGCUCGCAAAAAAAGAACAAGGAAACCUCUCGUUAAGGAGGACACUGAUGAUGUGGAAGAUGAUAUUGAAGAUGUGGAUAUGAAUGAUGUGACAGAUUCAGAAGAAGAAUAUACAGAAACUGAAAAGAAAUUGUUAGAAAAAGUAAGAAAACAGCAUACUAUUGAAAAUUUUGAUAGUGACGAUGAAGUUCUUGGUCUAAAUGACAAUGAGGAAGAAUCAGACGAUCAACAAGAUUCAAUGGAAUCUGACAUCGAAGGGAUACAAGAAGAUUAUGAUAUGCCAAACGAAAGAGCUUGGGGCAGCAAAGCAAAAGCUUUUUACUCGUCAGAUUUUAAAUAUACAGAUUAUUCAUCAGCGCCUCAAAAAGAUUUGAUUAAUGCAGAGAUGGAAGAAGAAGAAGGAAAAAGGCUGCAUUUAAGAGCGAUGGGACAGCAUUUAACUCUCGAUGGUUCGAAUUUGAAUAAAAACAAGGUAGCUGAAAUUAUAGAAGACAGCACAAUUGUUCAAGAGAACAGAAAACAAGUGACUGACAAGGAAUCUUUUAUGAUUAUGGUCAAUACUUUUAAAGAAUGCAUGUUGGAAGCAAAGGAUAUUUUAGCACCCUUUCUUGAAUUGGUCAAAGAUGGAACAUGUCCUGAAUGCAACGCAGUAACUUUUAUCAGAACUAAGUAUGAAGUUAUAUUAAAUUAUUGCACAAAUAUUUCAUUUUGUUUGAUGCUAAAAAUGAAGGAGCUGCCAAUAAAAACGCAUCCAGUUGUGAAACGUCUGGAGCAAUAUCGUCAACUGCUCGACGAAUUGCAAUCGGAGCAGGGAGAUUUGUUAGAGCAAGUGACAGAAAUACUGAAAGCGGUUAAGGAAGGUCGACCUCUUUAUAGCAUAUCGGAUGGUUCUCUAGUACAAAGUAGUAAAAAGAUUCCAAGACUUACCAAUUUGACUAAACUGAUAAAUAAAAGGAAAGCAGUAAUACAAGAAGAGAAAUUAUUAUCUAAUAGUAUAGACAAAGAAGCAAGCAUGGAUGAAGAUGUAGAUACUGAAGAAAAAUAUGAUGAUGAAUCUGUAACUGAUGAAAAAGAUGAUACCAUUCUAAAUACUAUGAACGAAGAUGCCAAGAGAGCGAUAACGUAUCAAAUGGCGAAGAACAGAGGUCUCACACCUUACCGCAAGAAAGAACUGCGCAAUCCGCGAGUGAAGCACAGAAAUAAAUAUCGUAAAGCCAUAAUUCGCAGAAAAGGCGCGGUGAGAGAAGUAAGAAAGGAACUGACUCGUUAUGCAGGUGAGAUCUCAGGUAUUAAAGCGGGUGUGAAGAAAGGCAUUAAAUUAAAAUAACUGAAUAAUUUUAUUCAAUGUAAACCAUAUGAAUAUUUUUUUUAAAUAUAUGAAUAUUAUAUAUAAUUCUGUGUUCUGUGAUAUUUUCUCAUUAAUAUAUGAUUUCUAAGAUCAAUUGUUCCAGUGUUAUAAAAAUUGGACAUUUAAAAUUCUGUCUGAAAAUUAUCAAUAAUAAUUAAUUGCCUUAUAAUUGUAAAACGCUUGUACUCAAGUAAUUAAUACGUGAAAUUGUGUACAAUAGUAAAUAUAAUAGUACAAAAUAAAUAUAAUAGACAAAUGCUUUAUUUUAUCAGAAAAAUUUUAUGUACAGUAAGAAAUAAUAGCAUUUUAGCAGCAAUAGAAAAAAGUAGAUGUUUUUAUCAAGUUAAACAGAAUUUUUAAUUACAUAUGUAAAACUCUGUGUACAUAUUUGUUGCUGUUAGUUAAUGAAGUUCUAGAAGAACACCUUGUAGCAUUUACAAAACUGGAAACUUAAAUU